AUGGCGGACGCAGGAGACGAAACAGAUUGGGAGGAUGAAAGCGACAGUGAAAGCGAGAAUGAAACCGAGCACCAAGGCGGAUCCAACGUUGACCUUGACAUUUUGCGCGGGCGGAUGGAUGGAAACAUCAUGGCGGCAAUGUCCCAUCACGCUCACCUGAUAGCCGGAAGCGUCUUCCCGCUCGCCCUUAUCAAGAGGUUGGCAGAAUCGGCCAUGAUGGUACACUUCAAUCGAAAAUACCGUAUCCACAAAGAAGCCCUCCGUGUACUUCGACAUGGUAUCGAGUUUCAUAUCAUCCAAAUGUUGGCAGCGACCGGUAUCUUGGCCCAACAUGCUAGACGAAGCACCAUCAGACUGGACGACAUGAUACUUGCAGCAUUUCUGCUCAACCGAGCCAGGGACGACGCCGACGAUGAAUGA